AUGGAUCAUUCUGAGACUCCCGGGAAGCCAUUAAAUGACCGUGUAGAAGAGUUAGAAAGACGUAUCGUAUUGUUUGAAGAUUUGUUUCAUGCAUUUAGUAGUAGGUUGGAUAAACAUUUUGAAAAAUAUGAUAAGUUGAUACAUUCUCAGCAAAAACAAAUAACUGAACUGAAUACUGUAAUUGGAAUUUUAGUGAAUGAUCAAGCUAAUCAUGCAGAACAUUUAAGGAAUAAGUUGACAAGUUCUUUAACUCUUAACCGUGGAAGUUCUGCUACUGGAACAAAACCAGUUAAAUCUACAUCUUUACAAGUUGCUAAUACUGAUAGAACAAGCAUAUCUCAAGUAGUUGCAAAUCCAUCCUCUCAUAAUACUGAUUCCAUAUCUGCUGAUAAUAUGUUUACUGAUUUAAUAGAUGCGAAUCAUAGAGUUGAUGAUUCUAACAUCGUAUUGCCUUUACAAAAGAAUGUUUUCGAUAAUAAUAAACGUCGACAUGAUGAUAAUGAAGAAAAUGAUCCUUUUAAAUCUAACUCGGCAAUAAUCACAGAUCCAAAGGAUUUAGUAGAUAAACCAAAUAUCAAUCCUUUGGGCGAUGUUUACAAGCCUGCACCAGGUACAUUUCAUCAUAAUUCAUCGGAUGAUGUUUUAAGUACAGCAAGUGAUCAACUGUCUACUUUACAAAAUGUAACUACCGCCCCAACUAGCACCACAGAUUUUGGAUCGAAAAGGCCAAAAUAUAUUCCAAAUAGAAAUGAAACCUUUAAAUUCCUGAAGUCUCCUCAUUCCGUAUUAGAUGUAUGGAAGGAAUAUACUGAUGGGAUAGAGGGACAACCAUCGAUUAGAGAAAUGGAAACGAUAUAUCAGGCAACCUGGAGACGAGAUAACGCUACAGGUAAACGUUACUCUAGGCGUAAACCAAUAUGGAAAGCUAUAGAAAUUGGUUUAGCAAGAGGUUAUACUGUAGAUUACAUAAUAGAUAUCUUAGAAAAUGCAAGGUACGUCGAUGAAACAAGGCAAUCCAAACAUCCGAUUGGGUGGCUCUCUCAAACAGCCAAUAUCCCUGAUAUUCUCAAAUAA